ACUAUUUUGAUUGCGAAAGCAACCAUACACAGCCUCAUUACAUUACUCGAAAUUUUCCAAAUUAGGGCGAUUAAUAGAUCGUGAGGCGAUUUCUGUUUAGACUUGGUACAACUUAGUGAGAUAAUCAACCAAAGUUUCGAAUGCAAAAUGAUAUCCUGGAUUUUGGCUCUCCUCUUCCUCACUUGUAUAUCAAAGAGCAUGGCACAGGGCGGAAGUAAAGAACCUGGCGUGACUGUUACCUGCGGUGCUCAUCAGAUGGAGAUCACAUUUGAGAAGAGAAUAUUCCCCGCACUAGACGCGGGGAAUAUGUCCUUGGAUGCCCCUGCGUGUUCAGCCUCUGACAGCCUACAGUUCAUUUCCAUUAGCACGGCCCUAAAUGGAUGCGGAACAAAACUCCAGGAAACUGAAGACACUAUUGUGUUCUCCAAUGUUGUUCAUCAAGAUGCCGAGUUAGUGGACGGCCAGAUUACUCGUGAACAUGACUUUGAAUUCCCGUUUAAUUGCAGCUAUUCCAAAACGAAGUUUCUCAGCCUAAACUUUGUCCCCGAGGGAAGGGUUGAUGUACGCGGUGUAGGGGAAUUUGGUGACUUCAACUUCACAUUUGAUGUCUUCGCAAGCUCUUCUUACUUAACGCCCUACUCCGCUUUCCCUGUCGAGGUGACGCUCAAUGAGUAUAUCUACCUAGAGUACAAGGUGGCGUCCAGUGCUGACCUGGGGGUGAUGGCUCUCAGCUGUUUGGCUACAAAAACUCCAGAUUAUUAUUCGUGGCCGCAAUAUCACAUUAUAAAAGAUGGGUGUGCAAUGGACACGACUCUAAGUCACGACUACGACCCAAGCAGAAAUAGGCAAACAUUUAGACUGAGAGCAUUCAGGUUCUUUAAUGAAUAUGACUCAUUUUAUAUCCACUGCGAGCUGUUAGCCUGUCUUAAAGGGUCUAACUCUUCCAGGUGCCAACAGGGAUGCGUACCGCCAGCUACUAGGAAGAAACGUGAACUGGUAGAGGACGCAACCAGUCCGUACAUCAUCAAAAGAGGGCCAAUCAAAAUUGUCCAAGAGAAAAGCCAAAACGAAGAAGGAGACAAAGGAAAUCAGUCAGCAGCUGUAAUAGGAGGUGCAACUGCCGCUGGUGGAGUUGGUCUGGUUGCAGUCAUAGGUUUAGCUGUUGUUUUCGUCAAAUAUCGCAUUCUACGGCUCAUGAAGAACAAGAACAAGGUCAGAGACAUGUACACCGGCACCACCCAGGAUCAGCAAAUGAAUAGUGGAAAUGCCCACAUCCAAGACGGUGAAACGGUGGAAGCGAAUGCUGAGAGUGAAAACGCUUAGCUUAAAAGGUGGACACUUAAGUUAAAAGCCCAUAAAAUAUUUCUGACCGUAAAUCAUUUCCAAGUUUGACUUGUGACAACACUAACAAUAAUUAAGGUUAAGUAUGCAGGUUCGUUCUUUUUGUCGGCUUUACCUAAGUAAGUAAUGAAAUGGCUGUCAUCGAAUUAUAUUGACGUUGUUUCCCAAGGGCAUUUGUAAACGUUCAGCAUUUAUUCGAGACCAGAUUGUUUUAGCAACCAACUUUUAUCUAUUAUGUUGAACAACCCUUACGAUACCUUAACUCUGAUAUAUCAUGCACGAUUGAAGAUUAAAGGAAACACAAAGUUUUUCUUGUACGAAACCAGCAUUCAAUUGAGAGAAAGCCCAAGGAAAAAAAAUUUGGAAAAGGUAAAAAAAAAAAGGAAAAAAAAAAACAGUUCAAUGAGUCAUUAGCUAUUUGUAAAGUAAUUACAGAAUUAUUAUCAAUAACAUGAAAUCACUUAGUUGGAAAAGAAUUCGAAGCUGGUUUCUGUCGACUUCCCUGAGUCUGCACAUGGCUUGAAAUAAGUUCAGAUAGCAUGGAAGAAUGUUGUCGAUAUUUCUGACGACGCUUUCGACGCAAUGGAAGUCAACUCCAUUCCCGCUGGUUUCGUGAUAAAAUCUUGUUUAUCGCAGUCAGGACAAUUAGAAUGUCAUUAGAUAGGUAAAAA